AUGAUUUACUUUGUUUAUUUUAUUUUCUUAAUUCAAUUUGUUUACGCCAAUUACGCUCCAUUUGAAGUUUCAUGUCCAUCAGGCAAUUUAACUAGACCAGCAGAUUUAGGUUUAAAUCUUCAAGAAAUAGAAUAUAUUCAAUCAAGACGUCCAAUUGUUAAUGAAUCUUUAUCAAAUUAUUUGAAAUCUGCAAACAUGUCUGAUUUUGACGUCGAUUGGUUUUUAUCAAAUACUAAUCCAACAAUUGGUCUAGCUUAUUCAGGUGGUGGAUUUAGAUCAAUGUUAGUAUCUUCAGGUCAAUUUGCUGCAUUGGAUAUUAGAACUGAAACUGAGAAUCCAGUUUUAUCAGGAAUUUUACAAUCAAGUGAUUAUAUCGCUGGAUUAUCUGGGGGACUGUGGAUGGUAGGUUCAAUUAGUUCAAAUGAUUUUAUUUCAGUUGAUGAAAUCAUAGCUCAAAAUACCUUAUGGGUUAUUAAUUCAAUUUUAGAUUAUUAUGACAAUAUUAUUAAAACUAUUGAAAUGUGGUUUGAUAUAGGAGAACAAGUUGAAAGUAAACAAAAUGCAGGUUUUGAGAUUAGUAUCACUGAUAUUUGGGGUAGAGCAUUAAGUUAUACAUUAUUAGCUGAUUUUUAUCAAAUGGGAGUCAAUUAUACAUUUUCAGAUAUUAGAAAUAAUUCAAAUUUUCAAAACUAUUCAAUGCCAUUUCCAAUUUUGGUUGCAAAUGGUCAAAAACCAAAUACUACAAUUGUUAAUGUAAAUUCAACAGUAUUUGAAAUUACCCCAUUUGAAAUUGGUUCAUUUGAUCCAACAUUAGAAAAUUUUGUUGAUACUAAAUUUGUUGGUACUGAGUUAGAUAAUGGAUUACCUACAAAUGAUUAUUGUAUUAAUGGUUUUGAUAAUGCUGGAUUUUUUAUGGGUACUUCAUCUUCAUUAUUUAAUGGAGUUAUUUUAGAAGUUGAAGAUUCAAAAUUACCAACUUUUCUAAAAAAUUUUAUCAAUGAUACAUUUAAUAAACCUGGUUCUUUAACAGCAAAAUAUAAUCCAAAUCCAUUCUAUAAAUCAAUUGAUCCACAAAAUGAAAUUGAAGAAUCUGAAACUUUAUAUUUAGUAGACGGUGGUGAAGAUGGUCAAAAUGUACCUUUAAUUCCAUUAUUACAUCGAAAUUUAAGUGUUAUAUUUGCAUUUGAUAAUUCUGCUGAUACUCAAUUAAACUGGCCAAAUGGAACAUCAUUAAUUGAAACUUAUGAAAGACAAUUUUCAUCUCAAGGUGUACCAUUUCCUUAUGUUCCUGAUUCUUAUACUUUCAUUAAUUUAAAUUUAACUUCAAAACCAACAUUUUUUGGAUGUGAUGCUAAUAAUUUGUCAUCAUUAACUAAUGAUAUUUAUGAUGUUCCAUUAGUUGUUUAUAUUGCCAAUCGUCCUUUUACAUAUUGGUCAAAUACAUCAACAUUUAAAUUAGAAUAUUCAAAUGAAGAGAGAAAUAGUAUGAUUCAAAACGGUUAUAAUGUAGCAACAAGACUUAAUGGUACUUUAGAUGAUGAAUUUCAAGCAUGUAUUGGUUGUGCAAUCAUUAGAAGAGAACAAGAAAAAAUGGGAUUACCACAAAGUAAACAAUGUAGGGAAUGUUUUGAAACUUAUUGCUGGAAUGGAGAGAUUUAUAUAGGAGAGUCAUUAGGAGGAAAUUUUAGUGAUGAUGGAAUAACUGAAGAUGCUAGUGAUUACAAUUCAGAAAAUGUAAAAGGUAUUAAUGAUGGAGAAAGUGAAAUUUUUAAAAAAACCAAAUAA